CGCUCUGAUUGGAUGGAAACGCGGAAAUUGCGUCACAGCUUGACACGCUAGGCUUUUGGUGGGAAUAUGAGUUCGCCUCCACGCACAUUUAACUUAAAAUUAAAACCAUUAAUAUAUGUUUUGUGACGUUUAAUGCAAUGCCAAAGUAAGCAGCUAUGUGUCAAGUACAUAACAGUUUCAAAGAUUCGUGCGUAACAACACUUAAAGGGUGUUAAAAUCAUCAGGCUAUUCAGGGAAAGUUCACUCUGCCUAUUGUUUGCUAGCAUGCUAUCACGUUAGCGACAGUGUAUCUGACUAACCACAAAGUGAAUUUACUUUAUUUUUCGAGGGUAAAUUUACAGCAACUUUAAGGACACUUUGCGUGUUAUAGGCUAAGAUUGCGCUUAGUGGCAACUCAAGUGCCCACUUGGUUUAUUUUCAUUUAAACUGGCUAAUUAGUCUGUAACCUGUCAAGAAUCCACAACAACAUGCCAGAAAUCCAACUCAAACACGUCGUGUCUUGCACUACCGAGGACACUACGCACAAGGCAGACAACCUGCUGAGCUCUGACACUUACAGAAAGUGGAAAGCAGCAAGAUCCGGAGAGAAGCAGACAUCAGUCAUUCUGCAGUUCGAGAAGGAGGAGCAGGUGCACAGCAUCGAUAUUGGAAAUGAAGGCUCAGCUUUCAUCGAGGUGCUGGUGGGGAACUCUUCAGCGGUCAGAGACCAGGACUAUGAGGUUCUUUUGGUCACGUCUUCCUUCAUGUCGCCCACGGAGAGCCGUAACGGCACCAAUAUGAACCGGGUGCGUUUCUUUGCCCCGAACCAGCUGCAGAAGAGCACAGCACAGGAGAAGUGGGACCGAGUGAAAAUUGUGUGCAGCCAGCCAUACAGCAAAAACAUAGCUUACGGACUGGCCUUUGUUAAGUUUCAUUCCCCUCCUGACAAGAACGAUCCUCCAACAACCUCCCCGAAACUGACCAAACUGGGACAGUUCAAGGUGAAGGAUGAGUGUCCCAGCCUUCAGCCCGGCAGUCUCUUCUUCAACCGGGACCAUGCAACAAAGUCCAUCACUCCACCCAAAGUGUCUCCUCAGAGUGAGCGGUUGAGUUAUGCUGCUGCUGCCCUGCAGGCUGGAGGCAGCUCCCACUCGUCAGGCCAAGCAUCCUCUUCCAGCUCUGCCUCACCACAGCCACCAGCAAAAAGAAAAUUUGAGUUCAGCAAAGAGCGGCCGUCUGCCUCCGGCCCUCCACCCUCAAAGAAAAUAAGUCCAGCUGGUUCACCCGAGGGCAAAGCUGUGACUCCCAAACCCAAGCCGAGCUCCGCCAGCACGCCAAGCCCCAGCACGGCGAAAGCUUCCCCGACACUGAAGUCUGCUGACAAGAAGCGGGAGAGCCGAUCCAAACCCGAACCGGAACCCAAACAACAGAAAGCUAGCACGCAGCAGCUCCCACUCAAACGCAUUCUGGAGGGGGUCGUGUUUGUCCUCAGCGGCUUCCAAAACCCAUUCAGAGGGGAGUUGAGGGAAAAAGCGACGGACCUGGGAGCCAAAUACAGACCUGACUGGACUCCCGACUCCACACACCUCAUCUGUGCCUUCGCCAACACCCCCAAGUACAGCCAGGUGAAAUCAGCAGGGGGCAUCAUCGUACGGAAGGAAUGGGUAAUGGACUGCCAUAAGAGGAAACAGAAGAUCUCCUAUAAACAGUAUUUGAUGGAUGGAGCGGAGUCCAGCUCGGAGAGUGAAAUGGAAGUGGACGACCAGAGCGAAGAGGAAAUGAACACAAAAACUCCACAGAAGCAGGCGAGACAAGUGACCCCCAAAAAGACGCCAGAGAAGAGGAAUGAAGAUGAUGAGUAUGCUGGCUCCACUGAUGUGGAUGAACCAGGAAAUGCUGAUGAUGAGUCUGGCGUGGACACGGAGGACGAGCUGCGAAGGGUGGAGAGUGAGAGCAGACAGAAGAAAGUAGCAGCACAAGGGAAGAUGGUGAAGCAGGAGGAUCCGUACGGGGGGUCGACGGAUGAAAACACAGACGCCGAGGCUGAAGAGGAUCACCCCAUUCCUGAGCUACCGGACUUCCUGAGAGGAAAGCACUUUUUCCUCUAUGGUAAAUUCCCUAACAACGAGAGGCGCCUUCUGUUGAGAUACAUUGUCGCCUUUAACGGACUGAUCGAGGACUACAUGACCGAGAAGGUGCAGUUUGUGGUGACCAGUGAAGGGUGGCACGACUCCUUUGAAGACGCGCUGAUGGAGAACGGCAACCUGAACUUUGUCAAACCCGCAUGGAUUUACUCGAUCAAUGAACGACAAAAGAUUCUGCCCUACCAGCCCUACUCUGUCGUCCCCUGAAUAACACUCUGUGUGUGCACAGACGUACACUCCGUCUCCUCACCAACGGGGGGGAAAAGGGUUUUCUUUUCAUUACAUAAAAGCAAUAAACCGAUUUAUAGUUAAUUAAUGCCUUUACACUGACUUUCUACUUGCUAUUCAUGAAAGGGGGAGAGGGGGGGGGGGGGACAAGUAUUUUUAAUGUUGUCUGUUACGGUUAAUGUUAGGAUAAGGUUUAGAUGCAUUAUCAGCUUUUUAUUUGAAGGUUGUUAGUUCUAGUUUGGCCAGAAAGUAACGUCUUCAUCACCGUCACUUUGCCUUCCUGAACAAAGCACACGCUCCCUGAUUCAGGACUUGUGCGAAUGACUCUGUUACUGUGUUGCGGUUUGUUGCUGCCCACCUCGGCAACCUCGGGCUCUGUCUGGAGAUGAGUUAUCACCUUGUGCCGACUGCCGGCGGCACUGAUAAGACUCUGACUUGUGUAAGUGAGCCGACCAUUAUGAGUCCAGCCACACAGAGCCAUUUAUUUAAGGCUGCAGCCACCAAAUGCCGAAAUCAACUUUAUUCUACAAACAUAAAUAAAUACGGGAGUGUUUUUGUUUUUCCUCUUAUUUUAUUAAAAGCCAUGAGUUUGGAAGGUGAUGCAUUUUAUGUGUGUUAAAGUUUUGAUAAAUCUGAGUUUGUGCUUUUGGGUUUGUGGAAUGAAUAACAAGAGGAGAACAGGCUCGACAGAUGUGAGGACGCAGAACGAACGUAAGUGUUAUGCGUCCUCAUAUGUACUCCAUAUUUCCAAAAUGCUUCUUAAGACGAGAAGAGAUGUCGGGCUCACCGUCCGCUUGUUUGUCCAAAGCAGCUUGUUUAAGUCUCCGUCUUAAACUUGUUUUUCUUAUUAAUUAUUUCGUCUGAAUAAAAAAAAAAGUAUUUUUAAA